AUGAAGGCACAUUUGGAGUUUGGGAUGCCGGAAGUUCUGAUGAUUUCAAUGGAUUCAUCGACAUAUGAAGACUUGAGGAGCCUUCAGAAUUAUCGAAUUUCCAUCUGCGGCGGCGACCACCACAAGAUGUCCCUGGCCGACGUCAACCGACUGCUCAACGCGACCGAUGCGAUGCUGCAGCUGAAAUUGCGGUUCCCCGGCAAGAAGAAGUCGGACAAAUGCCUCGAGCUGAUCGGCAUUGUGGAGCGAUGGAGCCGCGAUAACAUUCAACCCGGCAAGAUCCCGGCGAAGAAGGCCGGCAGACCCCGCGCCGCGAAGGCCGUCGAUGCGGCCAACGAUGCGGCUGGACGAGCUGCGGCGAGCCCGCCAAAAAGCCGCAUUGUGACGCGGGCUAUGGCGCUGCGCGGCCACCGGCGCUCCUCGGUGAAGGCGGCCACCCCGAAAAGGCGCAGGAAGAGGACCAUCCGUUUCAAAGAUGAGGAGAACGAGGAGGGGAUGGACAUCGAGACUCGUGAUAAUGGUGCAGAGGACCCGCCCUUGCUGCAGGCCGAGGACAUCGAUGAGGAGAAUGAGGACGAGCCGGAGCACGACAAUCCGCCGCCGGUAUUGAAGCAAGAGGAUGACGAUCAGAUGGAUGGGGUGGAGCCGCAGGAGACCAAGGAGGUCAUCCGCGAAGUGGACAAAGAGCAGCGCGAGCAGGCCAUCAAAGCGCCUGUCCUGCGUGAGGCUCGCCCAAACCUUCGCCUCAACGCGACGUUCCGAGAAGAUCCGCACGAUCAGGAGAAUGACAUCGAGUCGCCGGUGCUCGUCGCGAACGAGUUGAUGAAGAUGGAGCUGGAGGGAGUGGCUGCCAAAGAAGAAGCGCCAGAUGAUGCGCAGCAGGUGGCCACCCUCGAGAAGAACGAGCAGCAUGUCGGCCGGUUGAUGCCCAAAAUGCCAGUUGCUCCCGGGCCUUCGUACAUUCCACCGGUCGUCCCGCAGAGGGUCUCCCUCAACUUCAUCCGCCGCCCGUCGAUGAUGCGCCGCCCAUCACUGCUUGCCCCGAUCAACGAGGACCGCGUGCUCAACACCCGCCCGUCUCAGCGCCCUAUUGGACAAGGACCAUCUACGGCUGCGCGCGAUGAUGACGAGGAAAUGGACACGAACCCGUCAUUCGUGCCCGAAGAGCGCCUCUCCGUCAUCCGCAGCGCCUCCGAGGCGUCCAACUCCCUCGAGCCUGCGCGCGUCACGCCACCAAAUGAUGAAGGAGACGAGAACGACCUCAAGACCGACGACAUCAUGAAUCUCAGUUCUCGCGCCUCGCUGUCGCCUCGGAUGAAGCAACUGCUGGAAGACGGGCUGCGCAACCUGCCCUCUCACUUGAGGGUCCGCAGGACCCUGGAGCGCUACUCGGCUGCCCCUUCCGCCCGC